AUGAAGGCUUCUCUCUUCCUCGCAUGCUCAGUCUUGAGCUUCGGCUUGGCCACCGCUACAGGGACCCAGGACGCGCCUGAGACUGUCGACAACCCAAUCGGCCCAGUCUACAAGGCCACCCUGCUCGACAAGGACAGCACCGAGAUCCGAGGAUCCAUCUCUGCGACUGCGUACAAGGACGGCAGAGGUGUUGUCUUCGAGGUCGACCUCAGCGGCUUCGAGAAGGAUGACGGUCCAUAUGCCUACCACCUGCACGUCGACCCCGUCCCAGAAGACGGUAACUGCAGCAAGACUCUCGACCACAUCGAUCCCUUCGGCCGUGGCCAGAAACCACCAUGCGAUACCCCACACCCAGAGACCUGCGAGCCAGGCGACCUCAGCGGCAAACACGGUAAAAUCAGCGUCUACGGCAACCAGCACUUCAUGGCCAGAUACCAUGACCUCUACACCUCUACCCGGCCAGGCGUCGGCACCUUUUUCGGAAACCGCUCUUUCGUCGUCCACAACAAGGACGGUAAGCGCAUGAACUGCGGCAACUUCAAGCUCGUCCACCAUGAAGACGAAUCGUGUUCCAGCGGCUCCAUGCCAACUGGAACCAUCUCCUCUCGUGCGCCCUCUGGAACUGGUGUAGCUGGAGCUGGAGCUGCAACUGGCACUGGUAUCAUUCCCUCUAAUACUGCUACUUACAAUCCGCCAUCCGCCACUGCCUCGCUGCCAGUAUUUUCGAACGGAUCCGGACGUCUCGUCGGGUUCUCUCUCGGCGCCCUCGUCGCUGCUAUCGUUCCCUUUGCUUUGUAA